AUGAACUCGAUCAACCAAGCGAUUCGUGAGGUCGAACCGUCGGUUGCAAAACUUCUUGAUACGCAGCAUGGGGGUGCGGCGGUGCGUCAAGUUGAUCGCUUACGGAUGACGGGAAUCCCAGCAGAUGAUCAACGUGAUUUGAAAAUGUAUAUAUUUAGCGAUAAAUGGAUUUGUAAGAUCACCUCUGAGUAUGCGUUGAGGCGACUUGGUACGAUUGUACAGCCCUCAUUCUACGAGGUGUUGUGGUCCAAGG